AUGUCGGGUUAUGCCAAAUUCAUGAAAGGGAUAGUCAGCAAGAAGAGAAGCAUGUACUCCAAGACAAUCGAAGUUUCUCAUAAUUGUAGUGCCAUUAUGACUAGUGAGAUGAUUACAAAGAAAGAAGAUUUUGGGGCAUUCACCAUUCCAUGCACAAUUGAUAUGCUUCAAUUUACUAAAGCUCUAUGUGAUUUGGGGGGAAAGUAUAAAUCCAAUGCCCUAUGCAAUCUAAAACAACUUGGGAUGGGCGAACAAAAAUCAACAACAAUGCGGUUUUUUAUGGCGAAUCGGUUGAUCAAACACCCCAUUGGGAUACUCUAUGAUAAAUUGGUGAUGGUUGAUCGAUUCAUCUUUCUAGUUGAUUUUGUUAUUCUUGACUGUGAGAUUGAUGCUGAAGUUCCCACUCUUUUGGGAAGACCAUUUUUUCCAAUAGGGAUAGAUCUAGUGGAUGUUAAAAGCGAGGAAUUGAUGUUUUGCGUGAAUGAAGAUGAGGUCACCUUUAAUAUGUGCAAGUCAAUGAAACACCCGAGUGAUAUUUAUGUGGUUUUGAUGACUGAUGUAAUUGAUGAAGCGAUGGAUAGUGUGAGCCAUUUGAUGUGUAUGAGUGAACCUGUUGAGGCUACUUUUGUAAAUUAUGAUGAGAACAAAGUUCAAGAUUAG